AUGGGCCAGAGUCCGGGAACAGCAUCGUGGAAUGUCGCAGAAGCUCCGAAGAAUGUCUUCUGGGCUGCUCAGUUGAUCUUUGCGAAGUAUGAAUGGAUGACCUUGGAUUUUCGAAUCUCGCACGCAUUAAAAGUCAUUCAAGUGAUUUACUACCCUGGUCACGCUAUCAUUGCUCUUCCCGUGCACCUGGUGACGAUUUUAAUCCUGUCCAGAGGAAAGUGCGGUCUCUCCAGAGUUGUCACUCGCUACCUAGUUGCCAUGGCAGCGGCGGAUCUUAUGGUUGUUGUCCUGGACCUGAUACUGAACAAGAUUCCGAAUAUUUACGCGCCAAUUGAACUUCUCAUCUGGGCUGCGGACACACCAGUGUGUCAAAUCCACGCCGUCCUGCUUUACGCCGCCACCGAUUGUUCGGUCUGGUUCACCGUCACUUUCACAUUUGACCGGUUUGUGGCCAUUUGUUGCCAGAAGCUGAAAACAAAAUAUUGCACCGGGAGAACUGCGGCUGUGAUGCUGGGGACAGUGACUGCGAUCAGCUGUUUAAGGAACAUUUACUGGUAUUUUCGAUUCUCGGGGUAUUAUGCAGCGCUGAUCGCUCCAUUUAUUUGUGUAGAUACCGCAGGUUAUGUGUCUUUAUUUGUCGGAAUGUCAAUUGAUUUAUUUAAUUACCUUCUCACUCCUGUAAUCCCAUUCCUGCUGGUUCUCCUGACGAAUGCAUUAACCAUCCGGCACGUUUUAGUCACCAGCAGAGGGCGCAGGAGACUCCGGCGUGCUGACAAGGGACAGAGUGCCAGAGACCCGGAGAUGGAGAGCCGCAGAAAAUCGCUCGUUUUACUGCUGAUCAUCUCUGGCAAUUUCGUCCUGCUGUGGGCACCGUUCACUGUGUAUUCUGCGUGGAACCGACUGUCUGCUACCUCUGCCGUGACGCUUCCUGCUGAUUCUCUGCGAGGACUGGGCUCGAUGCUGCAGAUUCUGAGCUGCUGCACAAACACGGCUCUUUACGCCGUCACCCAGACCAAGUUCAGGGAGCAACUGAAGGACGCGAUAAAAUAUCCCCUGGCUCUCAUUGCCGCAAGGAUGUCAUGA